AUGAUGAGUGGAGCAGGGAAGGUGGUGUGUGUGACUGGAGCUUCAGGCUACAUAGCUUCAUGGCUUGUCAAGUUCUUACUUCAACGUGGUUACACUGUCAGAGCCACUGUUCGAAAUCCCAAUGAUUCAAAGAAAAUACAACACUUGCUUUCAUUUGAUGGAGCUAAGGAGAGGCUUCAUUUGUUCAAAGCAAAUUUAUUGGAAGAAGGGUCCUUUGAUUCUAUUGUUGAUGGAUGUGAAGGUGUUUUUCACACUGCUUCACCAGUACUGGUUUCAGUGACUAAUCCACAGGCUGAAUUGAUCGAUCCUGCGGUGAAGGGAACGCUUAAUGUGCUGAGGUCAUGUGCAAAAGCUGCUUGUAUAAAGAGAGUAGUUUUUACAUCUUCCAGUAGGGCAGUUUUCGCCAAUGGGAGACCUGUAACACCAGAUGUUGUAGCUGAUGAAACUUGGGUUUCAGAUACUACUUUCUGUGAAAAAUCAAAGGAUUGGUAUGCACUUGCAAAAACCUUAGCUGAAGAGAGUGCUUGGAGGUUUGCAGAAGAGAAUGGUAUUGACUUGGUCACGAUAAAUCCAGGAUUUGUGAUUGGUCCUGCAUUACAGCAACCUUUUAACAUCACUGUGGAGAUUAUCUUUAAUCUAGUAAAUGGAGCUGAUCCAACUUUUCCCAAUAGAAUCUAUAGAUUUGUUGAUGUUAGAGAUGUUGCAUUGGCACAUAUUCAAGCAUUCGAAGUUGUUUCGGCUAGAGGAAGAUAUUGUCUAAUUGGACAUGUUGUGCACAGUUCUGAGGUUAUGAACAUUUUACAACAACUCUACCCAACUUUGAGCAUUCCUAAUAAAUGUGCAGAUGACAAACCUCCGGUACCAACGCACCAAGUAUCAAAAGAAAAAGCGAAAAGUUUGGGUAUUAAAUUCUAUCCUUUAGAAGUGAGUCUGAGGGACACUGUUGAAAUCAUCAAGGAGAGGGGUUUUGUCAACUUUUAA